CGUUUCUGUGACCGGCUGGGCGGUUGGAGCAGCAGUCGCCAUGUUGUCGGUCGCCGCCCGCUCGGGCCCUUUCGCGCCCGUCCUGUCGGCCACGUCUCGCGGGGUGGCGGGCGCGCUGCGGCCUCUGGUACAGGCCUCGGUGCCCGCCGCCCCGGAGCCGCCCGUGCUGGACGUGCGGCGGCCUUUCCUGAGCCGGGAGUCGCUGAGCGGCCAGGCCGCGGGUGGGCCUCUGGUCGCUUCCGUGGGCCUCAACGUCCCUGCUUCUGUCCGUUACUCCCACACAGAUGUCAAAGUGCCCGACUUCUCUGACUAUCGCCGCACGGAAGUCUUGGACAGCACCAAGUCUUCUAAAGAGAGCGUUGAGGCUAGAAAGGGCUUCUCCUACUUGGUGACUGCCACAGCUGCUGUGGGCGUUGCCUACGCUGCCAAGAAUACCGUAGCGCAGUUCGUCUCCAGCAUGAGCGCCUCUGCGGAUGUGCUGGCCAUGUCGAAAAUCGAGAUCAAGUUGUCUGAUAUUCCAGAAGGCAAGAACAUGGCCUUCAAGUGGAGAGGCAAGCCCCUGUUUGUGCGCCACAGAACCAAGAAGGAGAUUGAGCAGGAAGCUGCCGUUGAGAUGUCCCAGUUGAGGGACCCCCAGCAUGAUUUAGAACGCGUCAAGAAGCCUGAGUGGGUUAUCCUGAUAGGGGUUUGCACUCAUCUUGGCUGUGUGCCCAUUGCAAAUGCAGGUGAUUUUGGUGGCUAUUACUGCCCUUGCCAUGGGUCGCACUAUGACGCGUCUGGCAGGAUCAGGAAGGGGCCUGCGCCUCUCAACCUCGAGGUUCCCUUGUAUGAGUUCACCAGCGAUGAUAUGGUGAUCGUUGGUUAGAGACUUGGACCCAAGGCCAGGCUGCUUUCAGUCUUCAUGUCACCUCGGGAGACCUGAGCAAGCCUUGCACAUCCAGGUCGGUUGAUUGGAAUAUUUAAGAGUUGUCGAUAAUGUAACUGCAAACAUAAAUGUGAAGUUAAUUGAGUUUAAUGUUGAGUAUUUCCAAGCAUUCACUUAAUAAAGCCACUGUUAAACAUUGUUAAGCUCAGUCACAGACUUGAAAGGUGCAAUGUCUUUGAUAGCUAAUUCUAAUUAAAAAUUACAGACUGGUGUAUGAGAUAUUUGUGAAAUCUGUAAUUGACUUUCUCUUUUGCUUCUUCUCCAAGUGUUUGUUUCCUGCUUUGUAUCAGGGACACAGAUUCUACAAAACUCAUGUUAGGAUGAGGCAGGUUUAGCUGGUCAUCUCCAAGGCCUGGGAUAUAUUUUCCCUUUGUUCAUGGGACUCAGAGCCCUGACUGUUUUCUCUCCCUUGUGUAAUCUGUAUGGUGGUGUUGAAUGAGGUGUUUGGGAAAGAGUCCUGAAAAAGGUGUUAGUGGCUUAGGACUUUGCUCCAGGUCUGGCUAGCUGGUUACCUGUCUGUGUUUCAGGCAGGAAGUUGUUCUGUCUCUUGUGGGAGUAAUUUAGUACUUAUUUUAAGAGGGACUAGUGACCCAGGCAGCCUGGGCUACAGACUGAGCAAAGAGACAGUGCUGGGAUUUUACCCGAGAGAAGCUUUUCCGGAGGGAUUGCUGCUCUUCCUCCCUUCACCUGGCAUUGUGGGUGUUCAUCCCCCCAGUCCUGAGUCCACCCUAUGGAGGCAGAAAUGGAGCAGUCUCCAUGUGAACAUGACCCUGCUGGUUUGUUUCUCUGGUAAUGACAUUUGGGCGUUCAUUCCAGUGGGACCCACAGCCACUCAGCACUUCCCUGUGAGGAGGUGGGGUGGGCACAGAAGAGGAUAGAGAAUGGCCUCCUGCCUGGUUGUGGGACCUGGCACAAGGUCUGCUGUCCUCCCUGCAGAAAGGGGUGGGCCUGGCCCUUUGUUUAGCAUCGUGCCACUUUUUGAUGGACUUGUCUUGCCUUGGCUGUUUGGAGGUGAGUCAACAGUGUGGGUACUUUAGUGCAGGCCACUUGGCACUAACCACUUUUGCACUUGUGAAAUACAAAGUAGACUUGGUUGGUUUUGUCAAAAGGGAGCUGACUGUCCAAGGUAUAUUAUCAUUUUGUUACAUUUUUUUAGACUUAUUUUACUGAUGUUUUACUUAGAAACUUUCAUUCUGUAGAUGAGAGUAGUGUUAUUUUUGUAUAAUACUCAAUGUCAGGUUUUAAUACUACAUUUACACAUAGUUCAUAAAGUGAAUAGUAGAACUUAUAUUCCUACCUCCCCUUUCUCUGGAGCUAAGGUCCCUCUUAUGAAGAGAGGCAUGAGUUGAAAUUUUAGAUGUGCAGAUGUAGAAAAAGGCAGAUUUCACAUUCUCACCCUAGAAGGAGCAAGUCUGUGAAAUGCACUAACUUCCCCCCCCCUCAAUUAAGGAACCAAGGUUUUGUUUGCCCUUUAAAAACACAUGAAAAAUCUGUUAAACACUUUCAUUUCCCACCCUUUGCAGAUAAUUCUAAUCAGGUAAGGAUUUCAAAAGUCAGGUGACUAAGCUUUUACACUCAAAUUGAUCAAAGUUUAGGAUAAUAGCUGCAAAAAUAUAAAGCACACUUCAUUGAAUUUGGGAUUUUCAGCUCACUGAUAGACCAGUCUUACGCUGAUCAUGCUGGAGGAGUUAUUACAAAGAUAGUGCUGAUGCCCCUUCACAAAAUUAAUUUUAAUCUUGUGCUGUAGACCAGCAAUUUCGAUCUAUAAUAAUGUAUUUUAUAAGCAUUCUCAGAAGCAACCACUUGAACAGCCUUUUGUGGAGUAUUUAGGUCUCCUUUAAGUGUCAGGACUAGAAACCAUCUUAACCUCAAAUUCCUGGCAGUGCUGUGCCAGGAAUAUUCUUAACGGCCAAUAAAUAGUGCUGAGUAUUGGAAAAAAUAAUCCUCAAUUCUUCCUAUCUCAGGGAAUUGAUCAAUUCACCUGCUUGGUAGAAUUUUUUCUCUCUAGUCUAAAUGCUUCCCUCCUCUGUCCCAGGAUGGAAAGUCAAGGAGAUGUGAAAUGAUAGAAGUAAAACAUGUCCAUCACACUUGGGUUUUAGACAGAAAACCCUACAGGAUGGACCUUUUGAUGUUGAAAUCUCUCACAGGCAGAAGAAUGCUCACUGGGAAGCAAACAAAUAAGUAAACUCAGCUUUUAAAGAUCCUGAAUUCAUUAUUGUUUUUAUUUUCCCCCAGGAACAAAAAUGUAGAUUUCAAUCCAAAAUAGUACGUAAUACUUCACCCCUUAAAAAUAAAGCCUUAGAAAAAUAAGACACAAGGACAUUAUAUGAUUGCUUCCUUUAAAUAUUAGGCCUGAACUUUAUAAAAUACUCUCUGGAAAAUGUCCCUGUCUAAUGACUCAGAAAUUCACUGCCACAGCCUCAUCAACACCCAGUGGCUGAGUAUUUGCCAUGGUCUGCAGUGUCCUGGGUCUGGUGGUGGGGACACGGACCAGGAAAGUGAGCUCCAAAGUAAAGGGAGGCAUAGAUGCCCCAGGGAAGAGAUGGAAAGUGAGUGUUCCUGAAGGUACUUCACCCACACCGACUUCUGAAGGCAGGCGGAGGACACCUUACCUAAGGGAAGAAAGGAAGGGAGAGCAAGAAAGGAGCACACAGGUGGUGAGUAGGGAUCUCUGUCACUGACACAGGACUCACUGGUUGGACACCAGUUCCAUGUCAGGGAGUUCUGAUGUCAUCCUGUGACAUUUCAUGCACAGUUCCUCAACCCUGAGAGGUGACUUCCAGAUGUAGUAAGGGAGGCAGGUCAUACAACAGGCAGAGCCAGGAUUGAACCCAGAACUAAUCUACUCUUAACCUGGCAGGAUGGACUUCUAUGUGAUCAAGAUUAGAGGAGAUUCCUGUUUGGGAUUAUAGGCCAGGCAAGAGCUGACAAUUUAAGUACAGGUAGUACAGGUGCCAGUCAGCCCCAUGGACUCCAUUCCCUGGGUUAAAGGACUGUGUAGGCUCCAUGCCUGUUUCUCCAUGUAAACUAGGAAUAUAACAUCACCUAGUGGAUUUUUCUGAGGAUUAACUGAGAUCACUUGACUUAGUAACUAGGAAUCAGUGCUCAAAACUUCAGCCAGUAUGAGACUGCUACAGGUGACAGAUGGCGAUGAACUUUAUACUAAGAUUGAAAUGAGUAGGUCUUGGGGGCUGACUUGGCCCCGGGAGAGGAGGUGAUGGAAAAGGUGUUUAGCUUGCCUGGUGGGACAAGGAAGGCCAGCAACUACGAUGAAGAAGCUGGAUUAUUGGGAAGAGAUGGCUUUUCUUUCCCUUUAGGGGUUAAAAGGACAUCUACACACAGGCACCUCAGGGAAGUGACAUAGGGCAGCCAUUAGCAAGUAGGCAAGAAUAAAACGUGUGUGAUGCAGUGGGCCAAGGUUGCACUCUCAAAAGUAGACAUUUAUUUUGGGUUCGUAUGUAAAUGACUAUAUAUAUUUUUUGAUGGUAUUGGGGUUUGAACUUGGUCUACACCUUGAGCCACUCCACCAGCCCUUUUUCUCUGACAGGCUUCUUUUGAGAU